GGUAGCAGUCUUCUCCUUAUACAGAGUAUAGUUAUAAUAUAACUAUAUUUUAUUCUGAAACUGCAAAAUAUCUUAUUUAUAUAUUUACCAGAAUAUUGCAAUACUAGUAUCGGACAUUUCUGAACAAACAUUACAACUUAGUUUAACUUAAAAUACGAUCUAAUUUAACGUAAAGACAAACAGAAGGAAAAGUCACGUGGCCUCCGCCCUCAUUCAUUUUCUACGAGGCGCGAAUUUAUCGCUCACGCGAACGAUGUUGCCAUGGAAACACCAUGGUAAUAUGCCGGAGAGCAAACUAAGUGUAAUGGUUUGAGGCGGGCGAAUCUUUGGUCUUUAAUUUCAAUUGCAGAGAAACACUGUUGUACCUUGUGUAUCCCUCGCUCCAGGAUUACAGUUAAAAGCAAAAAGAGCUGCCCGGCACAACGUCAGAGGAAACCACGGGAGGAAGUGCGGUACACUGCAUUGUACAGCUGCUAAUGAGUGAGCUAACUGAGCUAACUGUUAACGUCACUCAGUGACGUAUUAGAUACGCUCGCUUAGUUUGGAGGUUUUUGGGAAAAUGCUAAUUUAUCCCAAACUUUUUAAUCAUUCCUUUGAGUUAGAUUUGUGUUUAACUGGCGAACUUUAUUUCAUGGGGGAACAAUUUGAAGCAUAAUGUUUAAUGUUAAAUAACGAUGGAUGUUAUAAAUGAUGUAUGCUAGCUACCCCCCUCCCCCAUACCAUAAUAUGCUAUAUUAUCGGGAAUUAAGAUUCCAUUUUAAUCUCCUUAACUCCAAACUAACGUUACAUUUAUACUAACUUAUAUUUCAUUGAUUUUACAAAAACAUGUGAUCCCCAAGAAGCUUAUUUGCACUUAUUUUCAUCGCUUGAACCUGAACAACGUUACGUGGAAUACUCUUUUUUUUUGCGCGUGGCGUUAUGCGAGUGACUGCCGCACAGCUGGCAGACGGCACCGCUGUGAGAAGUACUUCUGCUGCUCGAUGGACCACCGGCCCCCAAAUUGGACCCGUUUUUGAUGCAGGAGAUGAAAUAGCUCGAGUUCUGGGAUAUUUCUUCCAACUUUUGCCUUCGGGAGGUUCCGUUUGUGAACUUCUGGGAACAGCUAAAAACUGAAGAGCCAGCCCCCCUCCACUGGAACCGUUAAAACCUCCUCUCACUGGAAACAUAAGUCCAAAUAAUGCAGAAGUCCAGACGCAGGCAACAGUUGGCUUGCGGCCUUCUGUUCGGGUUGUGGUUGCCGUGCUGUUUGGCCCAGACGACGCCGUCGAACUCACCCACGCGGGCAGCCACGCGGACGCCCUCGCCGCUGUCCACGCCGUCCCCGUCCGCCCAGUCCCAGAGCGCACGGCUAAAGGUCAGACUGUCCGGCUACCCCCGAAAGCACAACGAGGGUCGGGUGGAGCUUUUCCACCAGGGCGAGUGGGGAACCAUCUGUGACGACGACUUCUCGAUACACAACGCCAACGUGCUCUGUCGCCACCUGGGCUUCGUCUCGGCCACAGGAUGGACCCACAGCGCCAAAUACGGCAAGGGCCAAGGAAAGAUCUGGCUGGACAACGUGCAGUGCAACGGGGGCGAGAAGAGCAUCGAGCUCUGCAAGUCCCGCGGCUGGGGCAACAGCGACUGCACUCACGACGAGGACGCCGGAGUUGUGUGCCAAGACGAGAGGAUCCCGGGCUUCGUGGAUUCAAAUGUUAUUGACACUCAAGUCGAUGAGAACAAGAUCGACGGGGUGCGGCUCCGGCCCGUGGUCGCCAUGUCCAGAAAGAAGCUGCCCAUCACGGAGGGCGUGGUGGAGGUGAAGCACAGAGACGGCUGGGCGCAGAUCUGCGACCUGGGGUGGACCAUCAAAAACACGCACGUGGUCUGCGGCAUGCUGGGAUUCCCGCACGAGAGGAAAGUCAACAAGAACUUCUACAAACGUCUGAAAAAGCGAGCAGCUGAGACGCUCUCCAGGCCAAAAGUCCCUGUCUCAGCCGGUGGAAGGCAGACAUCCAAAGCUAAAGCUAACUCUAAGUCUAAACAGAGCAGCGCUGGCAAAAGGUUGUAUUUGGAGCGUCAGAAGAACCACUUCCUCAUUCACUCGGUGGCGUGUUUGGGCACCGAGGUCCACCUGGCAGCUUGUCCUCUGGAGUUCAGCAGGCCCAACGCCACCUCCGCCUGCAGGGGCGGCACGGCGGCCGUCGUCAGCUGCAUGCCGGGGCCGCUCUUCAUGCAGAGCAACGGCUUGAAAAAGAAACCCAAGACUUCGAGGAACGUGCGGCUGAAGGGAGGCGCCCGGGUGGGCGAGGGUCGCGUGGAGGUGCUGAAAGACAGCGAGUGGGGAACCGUGUGUGACGAUCGCUGGAACCUGCAGUCGGCCAGCGUGGUCUGCAGGGAGCUCGGCUUCGGCAGCGCCAAGGAGGCGCUGACUGGAGGGCGCAUGGGACAAGGAAUGGGUCCCAUCUACAUGAACGAGGUCAAGUGCCUUGGCCAAGAGAAGUCCAUCUGGAACUGCCCCUUUAAGAACAUCACCUCCGAGGACUGUCAGCACGUGGAGGACGCCGCCGUCCGCUGCAACGUGCCCCACAUGGGCCUCGAGGACUCGAUCCGGCUCACGGGAGGGCGGACCCGUUCCGAGGGCCGCGUGGAGGUGCUGCGCUCGGACGCCAACGGGACGCAGGGCUGGGGUCUGAUCUGUGGAGAGACCUGGAGCACCAAGGAGGCCAUGGUGGUCUGCAGGCAGCUGGGCUUGGGCUACGCUAACCAGGGCGUGCAAGAGACGUGGUACUGGGACAGCAGCAACGUGACGGAGAUGGUUCUGAGCGGCGUGAAGUGCGCGGGCAGCGAGAUGUCUCUGAGUCAGUGCCAGCACCACAGAGCGCUCAGCUGCCAGAAAGCGGCGGCCAAGUUCGCCGCGGGAGUCAUCUGCUCCGACACGACCUCCGACCUGGUCCUGAACGCCCCUCUGGUGCAGCAGACGGUCUACAUCGAGGACCGGCCCCUGCACAUGCUCUACUGCGCCGCCGAGGAGGACUGCCUGUCCAAGUCCGCCGCCAAGGCCAACUGGCCCUACGGACACCGGCGCCUGCUGCGCUUCUCCUCCCAGAUCCACAACAUCGGCCGCGCCGACUUCAAGCCGAAGGCCGGGCGCCACUCGUGGGUCUGGCACGCCUGCCACGGCCACUACCACAGCAUGGACAUCUUCACCCACUACGACCUGAUGAGCGCCAACGGCUCCCGAGUGGCCGAGGGCCACAAGGCCAGCUUCUGUCUGGAGGACUCGGAUUGUCAGGAAGGUGUCUCUAAGCGCUACGAGUGCGCCAACUUUGGCGAUCAGGGCAUCACUGUGGGCUGCUGGGACCUGUACCGACACGACAUCGACUGCCAGUGGAUCGACAUCACGGACGUCAGACCUGGAAACUACAUCCUGCAGAUUGUCAUCAAUCCAAACCAGGAAGUGUCUGAAAGCGACUUCACCAACAACGCCAUGAAGUGCAACUGCAAAUAUGACGGACACCGAGUCUGGCUCCACAACUGUCACAUUGGUGACGCCUUCAGCGAGGAGGCAGAGAGGAGGUUUGAGAAGUACCCCGGGCAGCUCAACAACCUCCUUCCUUAAAGUAAAACACACUGCGGACUUUGAAUGUUUUCAGGUACCAGAGAGCGUUCCCUCACAUCUGGAGUCGUGGAAGAACCCAACAGUGUUUUCAUGAAGGGGGUUUUAUAUAAUACUUGAAUAUUCAAGUGCUAAGUGUUUAAUAUGAGCUAAUGCUAUAUUUUUUAUUGAAAUUAAUUUUAUGAAUGAUCCAAGUUAUGAAUGAGAUGUUUGUUUUAUCUUUCUCUGGUUCGAUGGGACACAUAAACAAAUGCUUACUGGUCUCCAUACUGGGGAUCGGCCUCCCAGCUGGACAAUAAACGUCUCCAUAAGUCACUCUGGGUUGAAGGUCUUAACGUCCUUUACUGUGACCAUCUAUUUACAAUAUUUAAUGUAUUUGCUAUAAAUUCCAGGUGCUCGUCAACUUUUAGGACCAGUCUGAUGCCGUCUGGUGGCCAUUCAGGGUCAGAUCAUAGACGUUAUGGGGCAAACAAACUACAAUUACCCUCAAGAACGUUUGUAUGUAUGAUGAUGUAUUCUCGCCAAAUAAAAAGGAGAGGAACAAGAACAACGCUUUAUCUCCGAGACCUAUUUGAUUAGAUAACGGUGUGAAGGUACCUUCUUGCAGGUUUGGGGGUGUGACCAGUUCAGACCACCGUGCUCUUGUUUAUCAAACUACAAACCGGUGAAUAUUAAGUGUGAGAAGUUGAUGAUGUAUUUUUUAUUUAUCCUAAUAGAAAAAAAUCUAAGAAUGUC